ACCUCAUCCUCAAGACUCCUGACUUCUUUCUCUUUGUCUCGUCGGGGUUCUUUCAUUCGGACUCGCAACUUUUUCUGGCAUCUCUAAUUUACAUCAUGGAAGGAAAGCGCCGCAGACUUGGGUCACCGAUUCGCUACAAUACCCUACCUGUCCUCAACACUGACCUCGGCUUUUCUCCUAAUUACCAGUUAUUUUCUACCAGGCGUAUCCCUAAUUCACAAAAAUGGGGGCCCCUAGAAUUAGCCAGGAUCCGCGCUUUUCAUACUACAGAGAUUACACCGGAGACUGAACCGCUAGUUCGGACACAUCAUCCAGCUUUGCGAGACCAUGCUCAAGUCCACGUUUCACAUCCGCAGUAUGGCCCUGAAGUCUGGCUUGUGCAGGAAAAGUGUUCAGACAUUGAAGCAGGAGGGAGACCAAUCCAUUAUUACCCUGGAGAACCAACACAUCUCAUUUCGUCGACAAUAAUAGUCCGGUCACCUUGGAAAGAGGAAUUCCUCUUUAAGGAUGGAAUUAAUCCCCGAAAGCUCUUGUCCUAUGAGCAGCUUGAUAGUCUUCGCGAGCUAUUCCCUACCGCCAUAGGGGCCCGUGUUCUGGUUACUGGUUUCAUCAUCAUUCUAUUUAAAUCUCCCUCUGACAUACAAGAUGCCUACAAACACUACGGGGUGAUAGAAAUUGGUGGCUUACGGACGAUCUACGAUGAGCUUCGGCUGGAAGCUAGUGCGGACACCGUCGUGUCUGGCAUGGAAGUCUCAGAUCAGCCUAACAAUAUUCAUGGCCUAGGCUGCUUAGGUCUGAGAAUUCGGAUGACAGAUGGGAAAGAGGCGAUCACAACGGUCACCCAUGGCUUUGUGAGACAUCCUCAAGGGUCUCGUGUGGUAAAUAUUCUUGGUGACUGGUACUUGAGGACUAAAAGUGCUCUCCAACAGUUCUUCCGUCCACCGCCUCAAUCGGAAACCUGUGCAAUAGGAGUCGUCCGAAAUCUUGGUAACUCCCCAAUCGGAAAAGAGGUUUGGCUUACAAAUGUGAAGAAGAGGAUUGGCAGGAUUACAGAAACAUUUGAUAAACCUAGCCCAAUUCUUCCAUAUCCCAUGGGUUAUAAACACGAUAUCAGCCUUAUCACGGAUAAGGACCUUCCUCUACUCGUGAGCCCGCCUGGCUAUCCAGUCGUGUUAGGGUGGGCGGAUUACUCUGCCGCGCUCGCCGGCUCUCGAGUUUACGCAGUCCGAAUGCAUACCUUGGUUGGAAGAUGGAAAAGCCUUGAGGGAACGAUUGAUCCGAAUGCAAUACGUGAUGCAACAGUUGUAGGGGCACAGUAUCUAUGGGAUCAUACUACACACUCACAGAAUGCUUCCCUUUUAUGGAAGACAACUGAACCUUCUACCCCGGCGCAGGGAUGGUCUGGAUCCGUGCUUUGCCUUGGAAGGCCUACGGACGAGUCUAGUAAGGCAAUCUUGUUCCAGAACUUUGAAGUGUGGUGUCUUUCUUACACCAAUCCGUUGACCGGCAUCAAACCGAUAAUCGCUGUUAAAGGGGGCUUUUUGCUUCCUGAGUCGGUCCGAUCAUCAAUGAUUGUGACUGGCAAUGAACAACAUCGGGAGCGAAAUCCGGACACAUACCCUCGCCGCAGUCGAGAAAAUACAGAUCCUGGCCGUCGGGUGUUUUCGGACGUAUGAAGUUGCUUGGGUUCACUGUAGCUUUACCCUUAUUAAUGUUUGUUUGGAGAGUAACUAGUUGCUAGUAGUAUUAACUUUGCUCAGACCAGAUCCUGUAGGGGCUUUUAG